UCAAAUCAAACAGCGCUUAAAUUUUCUAACUGAAACUAGCGACACUCCGACAAGCAUAUAGCUACUAACUUGUCUUUCUUUCGGAGUAUUCUCACUUAUCAUCAAGGACAAGCUCAACACAUUGUUACUUUCCUUCUCUGCAAAAUGGAUCCCUCCGCGUUGCUGUAUAGCCACCUCAAGGGUGCAGACCCGUUCUUCUUGCUAGCGGGUCCUAAUGUGAUUGAAUCAGAGGAACACAUUCUACGGAUGGCUAAGCACAUCAAGGGUAUUGCAUCUAAAGUUGGAAUACCAUUGGUUUUCAAGUCGAGCUUUGACAAAGCUAACCGAACAUCAUCAAAGUCAUUCCGUGGCCCAGGGAUGAUUGAGGGAUUGAAGAUACUUGAGAAGGCUAAAAUAGCCUAUGACAUCCCUAUUGUGACAGAUGUGCAUGAGAGCAAUCAGUGUGAAGCAGUUGGCAGAGUUGCAGAUAUCAUUCAGAUUCCAGCUUUCUUGUGUCGCCAAACAGAUCUUCUAGUUGAAGCUGCCAAAACUGGGAAAAUAGUCCACAUCAAGAAGGGCCAGUUCUGUGCUCCUUCUGUGAUGACAAAUUCAGCUGAAAAGGUCCGGUUAGCUGGAAAUCCUAAUGUGAUGGUUUGUGAAAGAGGAACUAUGUUUGGAUACAAUGAUUUGAUUGUUGAUCCACGUAACCUAGAGUGGAUGAGAGAAGCCAAUUGUCCCAUUGUAGCUGAUAUCACACACUCACUACAACAGCCUGCUGGAAAGAAGUUGGAUGGGGGAGGUGUUGCAAGUGGAGGUCUUCGAGAACUAAUACCUUGCAUUGCAAGAACAGCAGUUGCUGUUGGAGUCGAUGGGAUCUUCAUGGAGGUGCAUGAUGAUCCAUUGAAUGCACCUGUUGAUGGUCCGACACAGUGGCCUCUGCGCCACUUGGAGGAGCUACUUGAAGAGCUUGUAGCCAUUGCUAGGGUAAGCAAAGGGAAGCAACGAUUCAACAUUGAUCUAACACCAUUUCGUGAGUAAAAAGAAAUGGUAAUGGUUCUCAAUUAUUCUGAGUAUAAUUCCGUAAGCAUUGGCCUUUUUAAGAUUGUCCAAGUUUGAAUGCAAAACUGUCUUCAUUUCCUCGCACAAGUUCAAGUGCCUUCUAAGGAGUUUAUCUUAAAACUAUUAUUUGAUGAUGAUCCAUACUUGUUUCUACUAAGUGGUGACACCACCGACUGAUGUUUGUCACAUACUGUGUAGCUUUAAUUUUACAAAUUACUAAAGUUGAGGCAAUUAAUUAAAUGUCACAUUAUAGGUACAUUAUUGAUUAACAAUGUUAAUUAUUAGCUAAUUUAAUUUGGUACUUGAUUAAUUAAUACACGAAUUAAAAUGAAAAGC